AUGUUCUUCCGGAUCAGACAUCCCUACGUCUGGCUCUGCUGCGGCUUUGCGGCUUUGGGUGCUUGUCUGUAUGGUUAUGAGGGCGUCUACUUUACCGGGGUUUCGACUCUCGAUGUCUUUAUACGCGACUUUGGCACACCAGUACCUGGUGCUCAGGGCGAAUAUGAGAUCUCCCCCACCGCCCUGGCUGUCACGACGAGCAUGAUUAACGUGGGCGAGUUGGUGGGAUCGCUAUUGGCAGCUCCCAUCAACGACCUAUUCGGCCGAAAGGGAGCAUUCAUGUCCGGCGCCAUCACUGUCAUCAUCGGUGUUGUAAUGCAACUUUCCACCACCUCUAGUCGUGCUCUCAUCACAGCCGGGAGAGCCAUCUCAGGGUUUGGCGUGGGUAACUUUUCUGCUACUUCGCCUUUGUAUAUGGGAGAGAUUGCGCCAGAGGGGUUGAGAAGUCCACUUCUUAUGUGCUGGCAACUUGUCUUGUCUAUAUCGCAGAUCAUCGCUGCUGGUAUAAACCGAAGUGUGAUCCACAACGACACCACCUUUGCGUAUCGAUUCCCCAUUGGGUUUCAGUUGAUAUUUCCAUUGAUACUGCUCCUUGGUAUCACUUGGCUACCAGAGUCGCCGCGAUGGUUAUUACGCCGUGGACAACAUGAUAAAGCGAUGCACUCUCUGCGUGUCCUUCAUCGCGAGGACAAGCAGUACGAUUGUCAAGCCGUGAUUCGGAGUAUCGAAAAAGACUCUGCGAAAGAUAACGCCGAUGAUGCAGAGAGCGCAUGGAUGCAACUUAUAACAGAUCCUGUUGAGCGUCGUAAAGUUAUUCACAGCGCCGGCGCUCUGGUCGCUCAGCAAAUUAACGGGAUUCAGUGGUUCUACUAUUUCGGUACUAUCUUUUCCAAGGCAAUUGGUCUGCGCGACCCAUUCCUCAUGACGCUUAUUGUCUUUAUUAUCCAAGUCUUUGUCGUCCUUGCGGCGGUGUUACUGGCUAACAAGAUCCCAAGACGACCUCUUUUGCUGAUCACUACGGGAAUUAUGACUGUGUCUAUCUUUGUAGUUGGGUGUUUGGGUAUUCCUGGUGGACAACCAAGUGAGACGGUAGGAAAGGUGAUUAUCAGUUUUGUUAUUAUUGAGAUUGUGGCCUUCAACUUUGCUUGGGGACCUCUCGGCUGGACAAUUGCUUCUGAAAUGGCAGUCGGGAGAAACCGCAACAAAAUCUACGCCGUCGCUGUUGCUUCGUUCUGGAUCACAGUCUGGGUCACAGUUUUUACCCUGCCUUAUCUGUACUACUCUGCGGAUCUCGGUCCUAAGACAGGUUUCGUAUACACAGGUCUCUGUUUCGUCACAUUGACCUAUGUGUACUUUUGUGUUGGCGAAGUCACAGGACGUAGCAUUGAGGAGAUUAAUGGUUUCUUCAGAGAUGGUAUUCCUGCGCGUCACUGGAAGAAGCAGCCGUUUGGUGAAGCACGGAAUCCUCCAAAUUUAUGA